GCUCCAUCCCUUCGCCGCGCUGCUUUGUCCACUACCACUCAAAUAGUCUCAUGGAGUGGCGUAUUUUCAACACCCCCACUUCAAGUCAUCUGGUUACAAGAUAUGGAUAUGCUCUCUCAUUCGCGCGAGCCAAGACAAAACCUAAAACUGCGGCCCAAACGGAAUGACAUUGGUAUCGAGCUCCGUUCCGUGCCUCUACCAAAGUAUCGAGUUGUGUUCGUCAGCCCUCUUGUUGGUGCAAGGUUCAAAAUAGCAAAAGCGUUCUGUCCAACGCCGGCUGACAGGCAUCCGAAUGACAACAGAAAGUUCCCUCGCAUCAGGGAAUGUAUAGUAGACGGCGAACCGAUAACGAUCGAGCUGUUCGACACCCUCGGUCCAGGCGAUGCGGAUCAUUACUUCGAGAAAGACCUCAUGAACGCAUACAUUGAGCAAGGAGACGGGUUUCUUUUCAUUUACUCCGCCGAAAAUCGCAAGUCGCUGGAGCUGGCGAAAGAGAAUUAUGGAUGGGUCGUGAGGAGGAAGCAGCAUGAACGGGACAAUGUAACGAACCCUAUUCCCGGUAUGCUUGUGGCGGUAAGGGUCGAGGACGAAUACAAAGCGACGUGGAUGGAAGUGACUUGGGAAGAGGGAAACAAACUCGCGGAGGAAAUGAAUUUAGCGUUCAUACAGGUAUCGCUCAAGAACGGACGCAAUGUGGAGGAGGCGUUUGUCCAUAUAGCUAGACUGAUCAAGAAGUACCAGGAGAGGAAGAAGCGCAUUUCGUGUAUGCAUUGGGCGUACUACGACCAGAAGAUACUCGAUGACCGUUAUGACAAAGUGCAGGGAAGGAAUGAAUGCAAGCACGUAACAACUACAAGAGAGAGGGAAGUGGUUGGGAAAGUUGAUUUUGAUGCUGAGUUCGAGAAAGAGCAGCGAACCGGAUGCUGCGCAGGGUGUAUAAUUACUUGAGGGGACAAGCGAUGCUGACC